GAUGUGGGAGAAUUCACAUGUCGUAUAAAAGAGAAACAGAGAAAAAUCAACAGGUGCAGAAACCUUCUCUGCUACAUCGGUCGUGGUAGAGAGAGCAGGUUGGUGAUAUUUUUGAAUAUUAGCCCUUAGCAAUUAGCAUCUUCCCCUUUAAAAGACUACCAAACCACAGACCAUUUCACCAAUAAACAUCGAUCUCUCUUCCCCCACCUAAUAUAUACUCCAAACUUCUCAACCAUUUUUCUUCACACAAGUUUGAAGAGCAUUUUUGUUGCAGCAAGCAAGAAUGAUUGUCAAGAAAAUCAAAUGGAGCUCAAUAUUACCAAGCUGUUACAAGCCUGUUCACCCGUCCAAAACCAAGAAAGUGUGCGCCAAACAAACUUCAUUUCAGAGGAUUUCAAUAUCUGAUCUGAGUUACCCGAGCUCGACUCUUUCAGAAGACCUUUCCUUAUCUCUGGCAGGAUCAAAUCUGCAUGUUUUUACCCUUGCGGAGCUCAAGGUCAUCACGCAGAGCUUCUCCUCGUCUAACUUUCUUGGUGAAGGUGGGUUCGGACCCGUUCACAAGGGGUUCAUUGAUGACAAGCUUAGGCCUGGUCUAAAGGCUCAGCCGGUUGCUGUCAAGCUUUUGGAUUUGGAUGGCUCGCAGGGCCAUAGGGAGUGGUUGACAGAAGUUAUCUUUCUUGGGCAAUUGAGGCAUCCACACCUUGUGAAGCUGAUAGGGUAUUGCUGUGAAGAAGAACAUAGGCUUCUAGUUUAUGAGUACAUGCCAAGAGGCAGCUUAGAGAAUCAGCUAUUCAGAAGAUAUACAGUAUCCCUCCCAUGGUCAUCAAGAAUGAAAAUUGCUCUUGGAGCAGCCAAGGGUCUUGCUUUCCUUCAUGAUGCAGAAAAACCAGUUAUCUAUCGAGAUUUUAAGGCAUCAAACAUCUUGUUAGACUCGGAUUACACUCCCAAACUCUCAGAUUUUGGGCUCGCAAAAGAUGGCCCGGAAGGAGAUGAUACACACGUUUCCACACGUGUCAUGGGCACCCAAGGCUAUGCUGCUCCCGAAUACAUCAUGACUGGUCACUUGACAGCGAUGAGCGAUGUGUAUAGCUUUGGAGUGGUACUAUUGGAGAUUCUGACAGGGAGAAGGUCGGUGGACAAGAGCCGUCCAAGCAGAGAGCAGAAUCUGGUAGAGUGGGCAAGACCAAUGUUGAAUGAGCCCCGGAAACUUAGCCGGAUCCUGGACCCGAGAAUGGAAGGCCAAUACUCUGAAGUAGGGGCUCGGAAGGCGGCUGCACUGGCAUAUCAAUGCCUGAGCCACCGGCCGAAGCAGAGACCAACAAUGAGCACGGUUGUCAAGACUUUGGAGCCGCUCAAGGACUUUGACGACAUUCCCAUUGGCCCAUUUGUGUACACGGUUCCAGCUGAAAAAGAUUUGAACAAGGAAGAUGCCAAAGACGGACAAGGACAAAAGGAACAGAGAAAAGAUUCCCAAAGGAAAGAGAAUGGCGGUCACCACCACCACCACCACCACCAUCAUGGACAUCAAAGGCAUCAACCCAGAACGCCAAAGUCACCCAACUCUUUCUCCGACACUGCUCUACGCCAAAACUGUAGAAAUGGGAUGCAAUCUCCGUUGAGCCAGAUGGGCAGGGCAACUGCAUAGAAUAAUAUAUAGUACUACUUAUAUAUAUAUAUAUAUAUAUCCAUAUCUAUAUAUGUAUAUCAUACUGUAAAUAGAGAGAUUCGUUAAAAGGUUGUCUUGAUUUGCAUACUUUGGACAUUAAUUCUAGGCUGAAGCCUGAAGUGUAAGGAUUUGUUUAGAGGAGAAGAUGUUAUCUUGAAUCAACAUUUUUCUUUUUCUUUA